AUGAAAAAUUUAAUUCAAAUAAUUGCACUUGUCAUCAUAUCCCUUAGUUUGGUUUCUGCAAAUCAAGUAUUGAAAAGAGAUGAAAGUCAACCUCUAAUUUUUCCGAAUAAUACAUCGCAAUUCUCUUCUGGAUCAAAAUUAAAUUCAAAUGCUAUCACAUCUACUUGCCCAAUCGGUUAUCUUGCAUGUGACAGUUUAUCUGAAGGAUGUUGUGAAAUCGGCAAUAUUUGUUGCAAUGAUUCAUUUGGAGGAUGUUGUCCGUUGCUAACUGUUUGUUCAUCUAAUGGAUUGUGUACUUGUAUUGGUAGUUGUCCUAGUAAAUCUAAUCCUCCUAGUAAUCCUAAGACUCCUAGUAAUCCUAGCACUAGCACUAAAUCCAAUAGUCUCAGCACUAGCAUUCCAAGUAUUUCUAACCCAAAUAGUAAUUCUAAUAUUCCUAGUCCUAUUUCUAACCCUCCUAAGAGUUCUCCCAAUAAUUCUCUCAAUAAUUCUCCUAAUAAUUCUCCUAAUAAUUCUCCGAAUAAUUAUCCUAAUAAUGCUCCUAAUAAUGCUCCUAAUAAUUCUCCUAAUAAUUUUCAUAAUAUUGCUUCUAAUAUUCCUUCCAAUAAUUUAAAUAUUAAUCUUUAUAUAUUUAGCAUAUUGUUUAUAUUUAUACUAUUUAAUUAA